AUGGCUUUGAAAAUUUUAAAAAUGAAAUCAAUGAAAAUGUCAGAGUAAUCUGGUUUUUAGGUUAUCCAAAAUUUGCUGUUACCAAAUCUAUUAAAUGAGACGAAAAGGCGCCAAAAACAGGAAGAAAGUCGUAGUGCGCUUGAGUGGCCAUCAACUUGAGAAAAAAAAUGUGAAAAAGUCUGGCAAGAAGAAGCCCAACAAGAGGCACCACGUCCACUACCAGUGUCAGUGUCACACCCAUCCCCGCCCAAGGAUUCAAGCCUCGAAGGGUUUCCAUGACAACUGUUGCAAGUACAAGAUUCGUCCGCGACCCAUGAGAACCAACCAGUGCAAUCUGGCCACCCAGUGCCCCUCUCGCACGAUCCCCCUCGCCGCCUCUGUGCCGCUCCUGCGGCAUCCUGUCCAGCGGAAGGUGGUUCGCCUGCCGGAAACCGUGGUCAUGGACAUGCGGAAUACAGAGGACGCCCGCCGACUGGCGGUCAGCUAUAAGAAUACCCUUAUCCGAACUAUUCUCCCAGUGCGGGACUUUGAAAACGGAGGGAGUCUGGAGGAACUUGGCCAAAUAGAUCUGAGACCACGGCAUGCCUAUCGAACAGGAAGGAAAAUACCUUUACCCAGCGACAUGGAUCUCUGUGAGGACUUCUAUGAGUAGGGAGAUGUGUUCCUUCUAAAAAGAUCCCUCUUGCCAAUGAAAGCUAAUAUGGCAUACCAACUGCUAUUUUAUUUCUCGUUAGUUUUCAAUAUAUAUAUAUAAUAUUUAUAAUAUAAUCCAUAAAUCUGUUCUUCAAAAAAAGUUUUUUUUGCCAAUAAAACCGUAUCUUUUUCCA